CAACGAAAACAUGAACAAAAACUCUAGCUUUGUUGGUAUAAGGAAUUCGUAUUAUUUGUUGAUGGGAAUGAAAAAUUGACGACGUCGCCAUUCAAGUAAAGUAGUGAGCAUUAAACGAAGUAGGAUUACUUUUCUCUUCYACAAGAGUCAGAGGACAUAUCUGAUAGUGAAGCAUCGACUUUUCAAGGGGGAAGAUCAUGUCGUGCAAAUUCAUGAAGAUUCAAUGUCUCGGCAUAAACGCUGGAGGUCGCAAAAAGAACGAGCCUUCAGCAUGUACUGUCAGCGGUGAUGGACUAGAAGCGGCCAUUGCUGGCAAACCAGCUAAGUUCCUUGUACGAACUAAAACUCCUGACCUUGUAGGACUAGAUGUGGACAUAGCGCGAAUCAUUACAGAUAGUACAAGCGAUAUUUCUGCCGAUAGUAUUCCCUUAGAGUUUGAAUGUGUGGAGGAAAAUCUACAUUCGGUGACAUAUCAGCCAAGGAAGGAAGGUGAAUACCUAUUGGCUAUUAAAUGGAAGGGCUGUCACGUGACAGGAAGUCCGUACACAGUUAAAGUGGCUGAAAAUACAGAUCUUUCAGAUGAUGAUCACGAAGAGGAGGA